CCUCCCGCACAGACUAUUUGACAGUGCGCAGGCGCGGGCGCUGUCUCCUUCACUUCGCCCUUAAAGCUGCUGAGAGCUCUAGAGGCCGAGCAAAGAGCCAGGUAGAAUGGCUGUACCUCCAUCAUAUGCAGACCUUGGCAAGGCAGCCAGAGAUAUUUUCAACAAAGGCUAUGGUUUUGGUUUGAUAAAGCUUGAAGUGAAAACCAAAUCACAAAGUGGAGUGGAAUUUACAACUUCGGGUUCAUCCAACACUGAAAGUGGUAAAGUAUCUGGAAGCUUGGAAACAAAGUAUAAAUGGUCUGAAUAUGGCCUCACGUUUACAGAGAAGUGGAACACUGACAACACUUUGGGCACAGAGAUCGCAAUUGAAGACCAGCUUGCCAAAGGUCUGAAGUUGACAUUUGACACCACCUUUUCACCUAACACUGGCAAGAAGAGUGGCAGAGUAAAGACUGCCUACAAGCGUGAAUAUAUCAACCUGGGCUGUGAUGUAGAUUUUGACUUUGCAGGCCCUGCGAUUCACGCGUCAGCUGUUGCUGGUUAUGAAGGAUGGCUUGCUGGUUAUCAAAUGUCCUUUGACACAGCCAAGUCAAAGCUGACCCAGAACAAUUUUGCAGUCGGCUACAAAACUGGUGAUUUCCAGUUGCACACUAAUGUUAAUGACGGUGCUGAAUUUGGAGGUUCCAUUUACCAGAAGGUGAGCGAUAACCUGGAUACUGCUGUAAAUCUUGCCUGGACUGCAGGUAACAACAGUACUCGCUUUGGCAUUGCUGCAAAGUACCAGCUUGACUCUACUGCUUCCAUUUCUGCAAAAGUCAAUAACUCCAGCCUAAUCGGAAUAGGUUACAGCCAGAUUCUUAGGCCAGGUAUAAAACUCACUCUGUGUACCCUAAUUGAUGGAAAGAGCAUCAAUUCUGGCGGUCACAAACUUGGCCUGGGUCUUGAAUUGGAAGCUUAAAAUGUGCACCUUUUUAUCUUCAACAACAAAGGGAUUUCGGAAGAAAGCAGCAUUUGGCCAUUACGUUUAAUUCCAACUUGACCAGUGGGCUUUUCUGGAAAGGAAGUUUCAAAUCAACCACGUACCUGUAUUUUUAGUACUUUAAAACUGUAAUUGUUUUUUUGAGUGCAAUUGGUUAUCUAGGUGAUACAGAAGUCAUAUGUCACUCAUUUAUACAUAAAUUAAAAAUGUAUUUAACUGUUGUUACAGCAGUCCUAAUAAUGGGAUAGGCCUUUACAAAACUCAAGCCGUGACUGCAUGUUUCCCGGUUUAAUGUCUAUUUUGAGACGUUGUGCUGUGUCAGUUCGCCAAAAGUUUGGAUAAAUUGAAAUUAUCCAAGUUGCAAUUAAAUUUUAUGGAAUCUGUGUAUAGCAAAAAAACUCAACUAUUUUCGUUAUCCCAAACCCAUCAACUUAAUGCUGAAUAAAAAUCUCAAUUACAGUGUGUUGUUUUAUCCCUUUCCUCUUUUUGAUAUGUUGAAUUUGGUACCAUCAUGCAGGCUUCUCCUAGAAAGGAGCAAUGGUUAGCUGGUGAACUUCAUGGUGGCUGUAAAAGAUGGCCAGCAUUUGUGGACUUGGGUUUUUUUUUCCUUUUUUGCUUUUGCUUACCUGAGUGCAUGUCACACUUACACACAGACUGCCUUGCAUCUCUAUUGUUUCUAGGGGACUGGUGCAAGAUUAUAUUGUCUGACUAGAAUGGGCACUACAAAUGCAGCAAUAUCUUGCUUUUAUGUAGAAAAGCAUUUCCAGAUGCUUCAGGAUUUAUCAGGAAUUGAGGCAUGUUAAGAAAUAACUAGGAAUCUGGGAGAGGUUUUUAAAUGACUUGAUAACUCUGGACUGAAAGUUCUGUGUGUAUGGCUGACUACUGAAGACUGUUUCACCAAUAGUGUGGGAGAGGUACACUUAGGAGAAAGUGAGGACUGCAGAUGCUGGAGAUCAGAUCUGAAAAAUGUGUUGCUGCGUUUUUCCAACAACACAUUUUUCAGCAGUACACUUAGGCCAGGGUCAGAAAACUGAAGUGAUAAAUGUGCAGAUAACCUUAUUUAACAUGCAUCAUUUGUGUCUUCUAAUCUGUACUGGCUUUAAGUUUAAGAGGAGAAACUGGUCAAAUUAGUUUUAGCAUUCUGGUGUCAGACAUCUUUCUUGGUGUGUUAACUCUGUGCAUAGAACAUUACAGCACAGUACAGGCCCUUCGGCCCUCUAUGUUGCACCGCCCUGUCAUACUAAUCUGAAGCCCAUCCCUCUACACUAUUCCAUGUACGUGCAAACUUUAAAUGAAGGUUUAACUGAAUUUUAUCACUUCACUAAGUUGAGGAAAUUGGAUUGUCUUCAAAACUUAAUUGCAUAACUUAAAAUUAUGUCCAGGCAUUGAGUCUUAUGAUAACUCAUUAUGACUGCUAUACUUAGGUGGAUGAGUUUUACAAAGUCCCGUUUUUAAAAAAAAUUGUUGGGUUCAAGGUUCUCGAUCAGUGGGAUAAGGUUCUAUAACAAUGAUUAGUGGUUAAGCUGAGUCGUCAUGAAAUAGAAAAGAUAUGGCAAUAUCAAAUGAAAACUAUUACUUGCCUGGUAUUGAUUUUAGUUUUUUAAUCCUAAUUUGACAUUUUGUUCCAUUUAUGAUCCCAUCAUUUAAGGGAGGUGGUAACUUUAUUUUGAAAUAGGCAGUAGGUAAUAGACAUUGCGUUCAGGUGCUCAGUUUUACAACUGUUGUAAUGCACUAAUUAUUUAUCUUUUUUGAGGUUGUAGUGUAGCUACACCCUUUACCUUAAGUAACUUAGCAAUGGUAAUAAAUUGGUGAAUGUUUUCAGAGCUGAAAAAUCAGUUAUUUAGAAUUUGUAGUUUAAAAUUUGUUGAAUAGGGUGCCUUGCUAGUGUGAUGUAGUGUUCAGUGACAAACCAAUCAAAACCGUGACAUGUUUCAUUAUCUGUCAUUUGAUACAGUAAGUUUUGUUCUUGGGUUAAUUUCUAAAAGUCAUACAAUUCACGUGCUCCUUCAACUUCAUUUCUCCACUUUCAUACAUGUCAGCAGUGAUUCCAAUCCUAACAUUUUGGUAGAUAAAAGUAGUCCUCCUUCUAUCAUUUUUCUCUUUUUAAAUGUGUUCCUUACUUCCUUUUUUGUCUAUCCCAUCUCAUCUUGGAUUCCAAGCAGGUGGGUAAAAUGAAUGCAUCCCCUUGUGUGAAGCAACUAGACAACCAGGGGUUAUUU